AUGAACAUGGAAAUGGGCACCAACGAGACAAUCAGUGAUUGUAGCCGGGGCAUGAUGUCCGAUGAAGACAUCAUUUUGCAGCUGGAGGCGAGCAUGACGCCCGGGAUGAAACACUUGGCGGAAGAGGUGCCAUGGUUUUACAGAACCAUGCCUGGCAGAACUGGCAAUUUUUUGGGCCAUGCCAUUCCAGCAAGUUUUUUCCUGGGGUUUUCCGUGUUUAUUCUCUUGCUGUCUCUGAAACGAGCCAGAGCUCUGGGCCAACAAUCUUUUUCCCAAGUUCACAUUCCCGAACGAGAUCCUCUUGUUUUGAGACGUGUGGGCAUUGGUGGUAUGAUUGUCACUGUCAUUGGACUCAUUGUGGAAAUGAGUGGUUCCUACGCGGCCUUUGGGAAUCCCUUUGGACAAUUGGCCCAUGAGACACUCUAUUUUUCCUUCUUUUUGGUGUCCCUCUGUGCCUUUUUGGAAACCAAAGGGCGCCUACCACCCGACACCCAUCGAGCGGCCUUGAUCAUGGCUUUUGUUUCAUCCUAUCUCAUGUGGCAUUCUCAUGGGACCAUGAAAAAGUUGAUGGCGGAUCAAAUCAUGCACAUUCUACUAUCAUACAUCAACUUGAGCAAUGCCGCCAUUGUGGCCUAUUCCAUGCGAUUUACGGAUUCCACCAUGGCCUAUAUUGGUGGAUAUGCCAUGCUCGUGUUGCAGUCAUUUUGGUUGUUUACUGCCGGAUUGUACGAGUCCUGUUUCAAUCUUCCCAUGCAUGAAAUUGCCACCUAUUUGGCGGUCGAGAGUCUGUUGGUUUUCAUGGUGAUUGUUGUGGUAUUUGCCAUGUUUGGACCCGAACAAUCCCUGCAAGACAAUCCCAGCUAUCGAGGUAACUUUGCUCCACUCAAGCUCCAUGGUGAUGAUGAUCAUGAUGAUGAACCAUAUGACCGUCCUUAA